AACCAUCGGAGAUUGUAUGGUCACUUUCUGCUGGCCAAGUGGGCCAGUUAAGGGCUGUCAGUCCUUGACCGAUUGGCUUGCCUGGGUGUUUUGAAACCCCCUGUCAGUUGUUUUUUGGAAGCCAAUACACAGACACGUAUUUUUUUCAACAUUUGAAUAUUUUAUUAAAAUUUGUAAAAAAAAAAAAAAAAAAUGUGUGAUUCUAAGGCAAAGGAAAAAGGCAGCAAACGGAAUAAACAGGAAAGAGAGAAGAAAUCGCUUCGUUUUUGGGAGCAUAUGAGUCUCUUAUCCUGGGCGCCGGGAAAGUGUCCUGUGGGCCAUUGCGAACAGUGGCACUUUCCCACAAGUCUGAUGGUCCACCUUCUUAAUCAUCACUCUCAUGAUGUCCAUACGAUGGUGUCCACCAUCUAUGACAAUCAUUUCAUACGUCUGACCUUUGACCCGCUGAAUUACCAGAAAGGAGUUCCCAAGGCCUUGGCAAUACUCCUAUAUGGCGGCAUCGAGAAUAACACCCGAUCUCUGCCAGGGCGCAGGCUUUUAAGCUAUGCCAAUGAAGGGCUUUUGAACCAUAAACAUUGCUUUGAACACCAUUUAGUUCUGACCCUUAUGAUCUGCAAAACCACAUGGCACUCACUUCUGAAGGACAACGAAACCGCUGACGAACUGGAGGAUAUAAACGAAACAGAUGCCACUAUCUAUGUGAUUUGGAUGGUUGCUCCGGUCUUCGGAAGACACAUUUACUACACACUGACCAUCUUCGAUAGUUUAUACAUGCAAUCGCGCAGCGUUGUCCGAAAGACAAGAAACUUUGCUCGUUCGCAGAAUCCCAGUGAUCUGGCAAGCAGCUCGAAUUACAUGUUGAUCCGGAAUAAAGAAGCAAUGGAGCUAACCAAGGCCGGUGGUAAGCCGGGCAUCCAACUGGAAUUGAUCGUUAAUGAGAAGCCCGGUGACAAAUUCAUGAAGACGUCUAGCCCACCACAUUUGCUUGAGACAUUUAAUAGUGCCGAAACCAGUAUGCCGCGUAUAAAAGUUGGACUGAAUCGGAAAGCCAAUAAAAAACUGCCCCUCAACCGAAAACCCCUGUCAAAUCCCAAGCUAGCAGUUCCACUGCAACACAUCUAGAGUUGGGAAGUUACAGGGCCAAUUUACUAAAGGUAGGCCCUCAUUAGACCAGGAAAAGAAUCUCUGAAGAAUCAAUCAACACUGAAUUUUGAAAAAGUCAUUGCUUAAAAAUCUAAAGUUAUGUUUGCUUUACAUUUGCAUCUCAACUAAUCCCAAAUUUCACCAAACAAAUUCUAAAUUCUUUUCUUGCCUGUAUUUUUUUUUUUUUUUUGUCUACCAGUAAAUGACCCACAUAUAGGUAACAUACCGUA